AUGGGCCGUAAUGGCAUUGGUGAACCGUCAUCCCGAAAACUGCACCCUUUCUUCGCCAAUGGUGCAUCUGGUCUGAUCUCGACCACUUCGACGUCAAAUGAUACCCCGAACACACGGCUUGGCAGUAGCGACAUCUCCACUCCCGUGAUUGAUGCUGGAGACGACGGACACCCUACGAGAAAAUAUAAGUCUGAUUUAGCAUCUCAAUAUGAGAGAGAUACGGGCCCUCAACAACUCAGCCAUGCAGCUGAUGCACCAGGAGCUGCUCUCACUCGCCCUCUUUCCGGCUCUGCUCAACGCCUUCCGCCUUCUAAGAUUACCGGACAGGACACUUGCAUGUCAACGAAAAACCAAUACGAGCUACAAUGUCUGUCUACUCCCUCCAACAUGCCAAACAAACCCCUAAAUGAUAUCACCCAAUGCGCUCUGCCAACGACCAGCAUGGACCAGUCCGAACGAAACGCGCCGCCACAGGCAAAGAAAGUACUGAGACUGAACCCUAGAACUGGCACUCUAGGAUCACCACCCAAGACGAAACAAAAAUCUAAGCGCUCCCUGAUCGUCUGUAUCAAGUAUGGUCGGGAUGAAAAAUCAAGGAGUGAAAUUGGAGAGAAAGUCACACGGGUGUUGGACGGCAGCUUACAACUCCCGGAAACACCGACAGAGCAGCGACCACAUAAGAGUGUAACCAAAACCAGUGAUAUUAUCGCCAAAUCUUCUACAUCUACCAAAGGGACUCACCCGUUCUUCUCAGGCAAACCGAAUCCUCGUUCAUCAACACCUAUUCAAUCAACAGAUUCAGGAACAAGGUCGCCUGCUCAAAAGAACUCUGUAUUCAUGUCAACGCCUGUGUCUCCCAGGAGACCGAGGGACUCAUUCUCGUCAACAACUGCUACGGCGGAAUCACAAUUUGGUAUCAGGCCUAGAGGGACAAAAGUACCUGGUGCCAAGCACCCCAUGUGGCCAGCGCAGGGCAUGUCCCAUGUUCGAGGGAAUAGCUUCAGACCGCUUUGUACCACGGAAUGUAGGGUCGAAACUGGCGGAUACAAGAAAUUCAAAGGACAGGUCACGACCAUCGGUCCAAAUGAAUCAGUGCUGGCUGCUGUUGUCGAUAGAUUAGACGUCGCAGGCGUGCGCCGUAGUUUGCCGCAGGACAACGACGCUUUCAACCCUGCCCCUGCGGAGCUCCGCAUUCCACAAAAGCGAUGUGAGAGCGGUUCAAAAUUACAACGUCGAAUACGACCUCAACUUACAAUUACCUCACCAUUGGCAUUGGCAGGAAUAGAAGAUCCAUGUUUGGACGAACUUGCAGGGCCACCGCCAACGCUGGCUCAUCCAGCCAUCAGCCGCCACUAUGUCUCUCUAGGGACACACCUAUCGGCAUACGACAGGUCUACCUGUGAGGGAUCCUCUUGGAAUCAAAAGUACGCACCUGUCUCAGCAGCACAAGUCCUUCAGAAAUCCAAGGAUGCCCUUCACAUAAAACAAUGGUUAGAAGGAAUGAAGGUUCAAUCAGUUGAAACUGGUAGCGGUGACGUCACUGGAGAUAAGGGCAGAUCAAAAGCCGAGUCAUUACCGAGAAAAAAGAGGAGGAAGAACAAAGUGGAUGAUUUCAUCGUCGACACUGACGAGGAAGGGAGUGAUCUGGAAGAGAUCUUUGGAAGCGAUGGAGAAGAAGAUGGGAGCUCUGGCAGAUGCCUCAAAUCUGUCGUUCGAGCUGGUGGCGCAAGGUUCAAGGAGCCGGGACAGCUGAGGAAUACCGUUGUCAUUAGUGGCGCAAACGGCUGUGGCAAGACCGCCGCUGUAUACGCUAUUGCGAAGGAACUUGACUUUGAAAUAUUCGAGAUAAAUUCAGGCACCCGGCGAAGUGGUAAGGAUGUUCUCGAAAGGGUUGGAGACAUGACGCGAAAUCACUUAGUUCAACAGCACCGAGCUGCGCAGCCAUCAGUGGAUGGAGGGCUUGAUUAUGAGGGCAAUGGGUCGACAAAGUCUGGCAAACAAGGCAGGAUGACGGCUUUCUUCAAAUCAAAGGCUGCUCCUGAGACAAAAGCAAGGUCAAAGCAAGCUAUAGGUGGCCAAACUCAAAAGCCGAGUUCGAAAGCUCAGAAACAGUCUCUUAUCCUGAUUGAAGAAGCGGAUAUAUUAUAUGAAGAAGACAAGCAGUUCUGGGCAGUCUUGACAGGCAUGAUGAAUCAGUCGCGGCGACCUUUCGUUAUCACUUGCAAUGAUGAGAGCUUAGUCCCGCUCCAGAGUCUAAACCUUCAUGGAAUCUUUCGCUUCAUGCCAGCACCAGACCCUAUUGCGGUGGAUCUGUGUCUUCUCAUUGCCGCAAAUGAAGGACAUAGUCUCCAGAGAUCCGCCGUUGAGUCCCUAUAUCGAGCUCGUGAUCGCGACCUACGAGCCACCAUUUCUGAUCUUAACUUCUGGUGUCAAAUUGGAGUGGGUGAUCGCAGAGGAGGAUUCGACUGGUUUUACGCCCGGUGGCCCAAAGGUUGCGACUUGGAUAAUGACGGUGAUGUCGUUCGAGUGAUUAGUGAGGAUACGUACCAGAACGGCAUGGGCUGGAUCGGACGGGAUGUUAUGAUAUCAGAGUGCGACAGGUACGACCGAGAGGUCGAGGCCUUGCAACAGUCCUGGAACUUCUGGCAAGUGGAUAUGGGCGAUUGGUGUCAAUCCAAUGAAUUGGGGUCGGUAGUAAGGGCGGCAUGGGACUCGGGCGACACUGAGGGCAAACGAGCAGCCGCACUUGAAGCCUUGGACAAAUUCUACCAGACAAUGAGCGAUGCUGACAUUUGUUCUGCGGGUAUGUGUGCAACUUGGCUGCAGGAGCCCGUUGAUCCGUCGCUUCCUGAUCUUACUAGCAAGGCGAGAGAAGACUUCAUAAUCGGGCGUACCUUGUUAGAAGCAGAUGACUACAUACGCCCUGUCAUGCCUGGCAAAACGAUUUCCAUGACCUUGCGAUCACAGGCUCGGGCGCGGUUACGUUCAAGGCUGCAAGACGUACAACCAUCUCGAGACAAUGCCGGUUUGUGCGCAGUCAACGAGUCUAGCGCCAUCUCAAGGCUCGAGUCGUCAUUCCAUGACACUUCCAAGAGCGUCAACCGGAUGGACAUGGCCCACGCAUUCGAUCCAAUAGCCAUAGCGCCCAAAGCGCAACCAAGUUCACAUCUCGACCCGUCUGUCUUUGACCGCACGAUGCAGCUGAUUGUUCUGGAUGUUGCUCCUUGGAUUCGUGGCAUCGUGGCCUUUGAGAAUCAGCUCAUGCAAGAAAGGCUAAAGCUAAGCCAUGUAUUGAGUGACGGCGUCACAAGGAAGCGCAUGCGCAAUACGAGGAGUGCGUACUCGGCGCUUGAAGGUAGCGAACGAAGAAGCACGCGGCGGGAACAGUACUUUGGCGGCUGCCUUUCCACCGGCCUGGUGAUGCGCACCGGGGGUGAUUUUUGGCAGGACGCUGUUGCUAAACACACGAAGGGCGACGUCCUUGGGACAGAAACUCGGUACAGUCAACAGGGAAUUGCUUCACGGCCUGAAGACGAGAUGGAUUUAUAA